AUGGGCAUCACGAUUCUAGCUCCCGCAGCAGAAAAUGCGGCCUCACAAUACACCGACCGAGAUUUCGAAGCCCAAGACUCAGAGGGGGAUGUGGACAUGGACAGACUACAAAUCAAACGGCCACGUCUAGGUCAAGCCUCAGGAUUCGGUACUGGGACCGUCGUUCCAGGCGAAACAGUUACCAACGAUCCUCAAUGGAUGCGAGGCCAUGGAACAUUCACCACCCCAUUCUCAACCUCUAUCAUCGCCACAGUCGCCGGCACGGUCUCCAAAACUAACAAAUUAUUGUCCGUCCACCCCUUGCGAGCUCGCUAUAUGCCUGAAAUCGGCGAUCUCGUCGUUGGCCGCAUUGUCGAAGUCCAAGCACGGAGAUGGAAGGUCGACAUCGCUGCUCCGUUGCUCGCACAAUUACCCCUCUCAGCCAUCAAUCUCCCAGGCGGUAUCCUCCGCCGACGCACAAGCGCAGAUGAACUACAAAUGCGAAACUUCUUCGUUGAAGGAGACCUUGUCGUCGCAGAAGUGCAGAGCGUACAUCAAGACGGAUCGGCGACUUUGCAUACCCGGUCAUUGAGUUAUGGGAAAUUGCGGAAUGGUGUGUUCAUGGCUGUGACGGGGACGGGCGGUAGUGGUUCCGCUAGCAAAAAGAGUGGCGGAGGUGCUGCGUCGAAUAUCGCUGCGCCAUCGUCAGCAGCAGCAGUUGGAGGCGUCGUUCGAUCACGACGACAGAAAUGGACAGUCAAUACGGCUAAUGGCGGCGGCGAUAUCGAAAUCAUCCUCGGCGUGAAUGGGUACAUCUGGAUCUCAAAACUGGCAGAUGGCGCUGCUGCUGCUGGCGCAGCUACAGAGACUGUCUCGAUCACCCGCAUGGAAGAAAUGGCUACUCAUUCGAUAUACUCCAGUCAAAAUGACGAGAUUCCGCGGCAGACGAGACGCGAGAUCGCGCGACUGGCGGGUUGUAUUCGUGUGUUAGUUGAGGGUGGUGUGCGCAUUGAGCACGAUACAGUUAUGAAUGCGUAUAAUGCUAGUCUAGAAGUUGAUUUGGAGAUGGCGGAUCAGGGCUAUGAUGCUUCGAACCCUGCUGCUCAAGAGGGGCAGGAUUAUCUAGGUGGUGAGAAGGCGCAGCGGAUACUUGAGAUGCUUGCUUAG